AUGAACACCGACCAAGCCCCGGGCUGGCUGCCAUCCUUUCUCGUCCCCUUCGUUACGCUCUCAUACCCCGCCGCACGUCCGGCCGUGCCAGACGACUCCUUCCCCGACACAAAUUACUAUGGUUCGGGUGUCCUCGAUGGGUGCCUGAUGAUCACCUUCAUCAUCGUGGCGGCGGUCCUCCGCGACGUUGCAAGGCUAUGGAUUUUGGAGCCGUUUGCGACAUGGAAGUUAACGCGGGAUCUUAGGUCGAGGAAGAGGGCCAACGCUCGUCGCGUUCAACAGAAGGAGAAAGCGGAUGAUGCAGCCAACGGGAAUGGUCACGUCUCUCAUGAUCACGGCAAUGGCCAUGCAACACAUACGAAUGGUAACGGUCAUGUCGCUGUCGCCGACGACCACAUCUCGAAAAAGGAGGCAAGAAAGUUACACAAGAGCGUGCUUCGCUUUGCUGAGCAAGGCUGGUCCUUCAUCUAUUACUCCUUCGUCUGGAGUCUUGGGCUGUAUGUUCACCGCCACCUGCCCACGCGCUUGCUAGACCCCAUAGACGUCUGGCCAAAUUAUCCGCAUAUACCCCUUGCCGGACCUAUCAAGUUCUACUAUCUGCUAGAGACGUCGUUCUACGCUCACCAAAUUUUGGUUAUCAAUGCCGAGGCCCGCCGCAAAGACCAUUGGCAAAUGAUGACCCAUCAUGUCAUUACCGUGUGCCUCAUGGUAACCAGUUACUUCUACAACUAUACCCGCAUCGGCUGCCUCAUCAUGUUCCUAAUGGACUGGUGUGACAUCUGGCUGCCCCUGGCGAAGAUGCUCCGUUACAUGGCUUUCUCUACCUUGUGCGACAUAUUGUUCGUUUGGUUCAUGGUCUCUUGGGCGAUCACACGGCACUGGCUGUUCGUGCUCGCCAUCAUAGCUACAUGGAACGCUGAGCACGUCAUCCCCCCGCUUUGGGAUCCCGAACAUGGGCGCUAUAUGACCACCGGCGUACUCAGAGGAUUCUGUUCUAUGCUCAUUUCUCUCGAGAUUCUCCAAGCGAUGUGGUUCUAUAUGAUCUGCCGCAUUGCUUACCGGGUUGCGACCGGUCAAGGCGCUGAGGAUGAGCGUAGCGACGAUGAAGAGUAA